AUGGCUCUUAAACUAACAUUAAAGAGACCAGCCUCAGAUGUUGCCGAACUGCUGGAGGAGGCAAAGAACGCGAAUAAACAACGUAAAUUGCCCAAGAUCAAGUUCAAAGCACUUUCAACAAAUACUAAUGAAACAAAAAGAGAAGAUCUGGAUAACCAAGAAAAACCUAGGAAGCUUAAACUAAGCUUACCGAAAAAUCUGCAAGGGUUAAAAGGUUUCAAAGAUUCGAAAGAUUCUAAAGGAUCUAAAGGUUCUAAGGAAUCAAAAAAUUCCAAAGAUACGUCCAGACCCAAAUUUGUGCCUCGAGUUAGGAUCAAGCCUACUCGAGUCCCAGGAGAAGGAUACGAUUCAGAGGCACCUGAUGUGGAGGACGACCCUUUAAUUGAGCAAGGUAUAAUUAUCCGAUUUUUGGAUGAUUCUAAUCUUGACUUUGUGCAAAAUGCUGUUGACUCUGGCGAGUUUGCUGGCUUGAACAUCAAGUGGAUUACUCGAGAAAAAGCGGUUAUAAAUGUUAAUGGUACACUAUACUCUGCAAGACUCCUCGACUUGCCUACAAUUACUGAGGUGUUUAAAACAAUUGACAAGAAAAACAUUUUCAAAGCAUAUGACUUGUGUCAAAUAUUAUUGGUUCUACAUCCAAUUAAUCCAACACUGUUGAAUUCUGAAAAGGAUUUUGAAGUUCCUCAGGAUAUGCUUUUUACACAUCCAUUUUAUAAGCACGUGAAGAACAAUGAGGUGAAGCAAAGGCGACUUGUUCACAAGGAUGGGUUAUUGAACCCUUUAAAAGAUGUGCAUCGUAGGUUUCGACCGACACGAGCAGACCACCGAGUCAUUCAGGAUAUCGAAGCACGAGUAGAUGAAUUAAUUAAACUCGAUAAUCUAGCUGAAGAGAGCCGCUAUGAAAUAGUCGAUGAGUCAUCACAUAUGCGUUUUGGUACUGCAAGCAGCACUUCUUCAAGAGCGGCAACUCCGGUUCCUGGAAGUACACCGGUGUCAAUCAGAGGGGAGAUAACUCCACAAUAUGGAUCUAUUCAAAAUAAGACUAAUACAGAGGCUUCUACAGAAGUUGAAUCAAAAGCACUGGAAGAAAGAGAUAUUGAAGUAGAAAUUGAUGAAGAUGAUUUUGAGUUGAACCUUGAAGAAGAAUUGAAUAAAGCGUUGGACGAUGAAGGUGUGACACCUUCUGAACUUCCUGCAACAGUGAUGUCAAAUCUUGUGCAAGCGAAGGAAGGCGAAGUGGUUGAAGUAGAGCUCGAGGAAGCAAACGAAGAAGAAGACCAGGACGACGAGGAUCUUUUUGGGGCUUUUGAUGAUGAUGAUGAAGAUGAAGAAGAAGAAAAUGAGGAGCAGGGAAACGAGAAUGGGGUGCAUGUGGAAGGACAAGGCACAGAAGGAGAAGAGGUAGAAGAAGAGGAAGAAGAAGACGACGACGAUGAUGAUGAUGACGACGACGAUGAUGAUGAUGACGACGAUGAUGAUGAUGAUGAGGCAGGAGAUGAUGAACAGAAUAGGAGAGGGUUACUGCAUGCGAAAAUGUUGGAAGAGGAGAUUUCCGAAUUGGAAAGAGCUGUUGAGCAACAUAAAAAGAGUCUUUCUACAGCUUCAAACAAAAUGAUGAAAAUGAAGUAUCAAAAUACAUUCAAUUCUUUAAGUGCUUCAUUAGAGCUGAAAAGAAGAGAAUUGUCCAAAACUACAGAAGGUCAUAGUCUGCAAGUACAAAGUCGACCUGGGUCGUCUGGGAAAGAUUCUUUUGGCGCCCCAAAGAAUGCCAAUGAUAAAUUGGGGGAAGCUGAAGAUGACGAAGAGGACGAAGAGGACGAAGAGGAUGAUGAUGAAGAAGAAGGCGGUAAUGGUCGAGACAAAGGUGAAGAGGAUGUUGAAGAAGCGGGAGAUAGCGGUGACGGCGAAGCAAACUCAGAUAUAGAUGAUCUCUUUUGA